GUGAGCGCUCAGUCACUUGAGCUCGCUUAUAUCCCACUGUUAGUCUCCUGUGUUCACCCUACUAGGCAGACGAUGCGACCUACAAAACGCUCCUGAGGGACGGUUUAGUCGCGAAGAAAACUAACACUGUUUGAUUUUUGUUCUUCCAUAAGCCGUGAAUUUGAUGUUUCUUCAGCUGGAUUCACUGGAAAGGAAUCGUCUGAACUUUUUCGCUUUUUCUCCGCUUAGAGAGAGUAACUAAAUGGAAAAUUUUCUCCACAUGUGCAGUCGGAACUAACAGUUAAUGCCAUUUCAUGCUCUAUUUCCAGCUGGGGUUUUUUGGCAGAUAGUAAAAGAGAGAAGGUGAAAUACUAUUUUAUUCUAAACCCACUACAGAUUCUUCCUAAAGGAGGCUCCUGCAAAAAAUACUAAUAAUAAAACAAAAGGGGGGACACUAUUCAGUGGUACUAAUGACCUUGCAGAAGAAACCGUUACUUAUUUGAAUUUUAAUCAUAUCGACAAGUUUUAGUAGAAGGGGUAGUGGGUGGCAUGCUUUGGUUGUACUCAUGUUGAGAACAUAAUAUGACGGACAUACGGUUUUUUGAUUAAAAUCUGCACAUCUUCCUCACGACUUUAAUUAUUUCCCCUGAAGUAUAUGCCUUUAUGUCUGGAGCAGAUCCUCACCUGAUAACUUUGCUUUGGAUUUAAUGCUCCAAGCAGUGGGGCACACCUGCUUGUAACGUUUUUUUUUUCCACCCCAGUUUUGUUUCAACUUCCGAACGAUGAAAGCGAGAGGAGAAAUCGCAUCGAAACCUUGGCGUGUGUUGUGCCGAGCAAACCCAUGCCGCUAAUAACGUGGAUUCAAAGACAACUAUGUUCCCAAAGCCAUGGGUGGACACUGAGGUCGGGAUGCUGCUUUGACACCUGGAAAAGAUUCGUGUACAACUCUACGGACACUCAACUUGUAGAAAGAGCGCAGCAGUGAUGGUGCUGAGGAUGAUUCGGAGAAUUCAACGGCUGGGUUUAAGUUCCUGGACUUUUCUUCUGAGUCACUGCUUUUGUACAACGGUUUUGCUUUUAUUUCAGUUUACUCAGGGAGAACUUCAGCGAUCAUGCUCAAAGACUACAGAAGAGAAGGUUGGCGACAACUGUCAUCUAAUCUGUCAAUGUAGAAUAUAUCCACCUCUACCUCCCCCACCACCACCUCCUCCUCCUCCCAGGCUCUUGGUUUCUGAACCAGCUGAAUCUAAUAUUCCUCCCAUAAAUCCAUGGUGGAAUGAAAUAGGCAUCAUUGGAAUGGUGGGAUGUGCUUCUUUGGUGUUUCUACUGAUAAUGGUUACAGUUUGCUACAAGGCAAUAAAAAGGAAACCUUUGAGGAAAGAAGAGAAUGGAACAAGCCAAAGUGAAUAUGCAAUGACUUCCAGAAACAAGGUCAUGGAUGCCAACAAUACAUUUGCAUAGAAGUCCAAGUUCAACAGGAAGAACCUGGAUUCUGCACUUCUUUCCACUCUCAACCAUUCAUUCUAAUGAGGUGCUGACCUCAGAAUGCACCUGAGAUGUCACUGUUGUGAAGCAGAAGCGACAAGACUUGGAAAGAGAAGGCAAGAUUCCAAUAGAUACUUGGAGUGGAAAACAGUCCCUUGCAAUGAAACAUUGAUGAAUGCCAGGCAUGGAUAAAAGAACUAGUCAGGAGGUUAAAAAAAAGAAAGAAUGAUACAAUUAUAUAAACUGCAUGCAGUCUGUCGAAUACAGUAUGUUUUUAGAUUCUUCUGCCUUUUAUCGUUUUUCUGUUUUGUUUUUCAGUGCUCAAUAGUGGCAGCAUUGCUUAGCAUGAAUGGCUAAAGAAAGAGAGAGUCCCAUUAUAAUUGUCAUAAAAACAUAAUGUGCAUGGACUAAGCAGCCUUCUCUUAACCAUGUAUAGCUAUAAUGCAACAUUUCAAACAUUCUAUAAACAGAAUUAAUGAUAGACACAAGAAUUCUAAAAACAAAAAUCUACUCGCCCUUGACAUUUUCCUGUCUUUACUAUGCAAGCUGAAUCAGCUAUGUAAUUAUUUUUAGACACUGAAAAUGUAAUUUAGAACAUCAAGCAGCACUGUAAGUGAAUUUAAGAGCAGCUAUUUUUAUGUUCAAUAUUUGUUUGACCAUUUGGGUCUUUUAUCUGAUUUGCAGACUGAAGGAGGCUUAUUUAUUAUGCUUUUGUUCUAUAAUCAGAUUUGUUUAAAAUGGAAACACAGAGCACUGUGUUCAGGCUGAAAAUCCUAAAAGAUUCAGUUCUCAUCUCUGUAAUCUACAGUACUCCAAAGCAGGUUAGAACAGGAUGUGAUACUGCGCCAAGGUGGGAUGGACAGAGAAACUGACAGAGACAGCUUCACAUACCACAGAGCUGUUUUACCCAUAACAUGCAAUUUAAUUUGUGGAAAUGUUACCCAAUGUGCAGGCACCAUU